UCUUGCUUCCUUUUUCUUCUUUACUCUAGUAAGAUAUUUCAAUCAAUUUUAGAUACCAAAAGUCUCUUAAGUAUCUAGAUUAAGUAUUAUAAAGAUCUUACAUUACUCAGUCCUCGCCUUUAAGCUUGCACAUAAAACCGGUGAAUUACCCCCACUAAAAUUUAUCAUGUUUUCAAAUAGUGGCACUAGUACUCCUGUAUUAUCAAAUAAUACAACUACCAUGCAAUAUAAUAUUAAUCCUCAUCAUGAACCCUUAGAUGAUACAGUUACUUGGGUUAAAGAUUGGUAUUCACCUGCUUUAACAACUCUGGCUCAAGAUGAUGGAACUUCAUUAGUUGAAUCAGUUAAAUUAAAGGGAUGGUUUAAAACCAAUUUAAAUCAUAAGAAACCAAAUCGUAAUAAUUAUAAUCCUAAUGAUAUUCUUGAUUUAAAUCAAUGGAAAUAUUAUAAGGGAGUUCCUAUUACUGAUCAUUCAAGAAAAUCUUCUAUUGUAGAUAUUAUUGAUGGUAAUUCAAAUGAUUCUGAUGAAGAAUAUAGUAAUAGAAAUAUCAAUAAAAUUGGUAAUCUUGGUGAAGAAUCUUCAUCUACUGCUGAAUUAGCAGCUGCUAUAAGUUUUAAAAAUGAUGAAGGUCAAAUUUCUGGUUUGGGCUAAUAUAAAUGUAUACACAUAUUGUGUCAGUAUACUCUGGCUUGGUUUAAUGAGUUUCAUUUCUAACGAAUAUU